CGGGGCCCGAGCCGAGGCGGGAGAGGUGCGGAGCGGAGCGGGAUGGAGCCGAGCGGGAUGGAGCCGAGCCCCGGGCUGCAGGAGACGUCACCGAGCCAGGCACCGGGAAGGGCUGUGCCAUGCCUGCGCUGCCAAGGGACCUGCCCAGGCUUCCAGCCACACUCCUGGAGGAAGGUGUGCCGCAGGUGCGGGUGCAGCCGGGAGGAGCACAGCCUGUGCCCGGAGCUGCAGGAGGACCAGAAGCUGGGCCGGCUGCUGAGCGGCUCCCGCUACGCCUGGCUCACCACGCGGCCCCGCGGCGCCGCCGGCCUGCGCCUCUACAAGCGCAACCGCAUGAUCGUCACCAACCCCAUCGUGUCCCGCAAGGACCCCUCCUUCAGCACCCUCACCUACGAGUGGGCACCGCCCGGCCUCACCCAGAAGCUGGCCACACAGUACAUGGAGCUGAUCCCCAAGGAGAUGCAGCCGGUGGCAGGCACGGCUGGCGCCUGGCAGCGGCGGCAGCAGCUGGUGAGGCAGCUCCCACUGCACGACCAGGACCCGGCCCAGUGCCGUGGCCUCGCCGAGGGAGAGCUGCAGCUGAUGGAGGACUUCAUCAGGAGCUACAAGGCUGAGGCCCUGGGCGUCGGGGAAGUGGCACUGCCAGGCCAGGCCGGUGGUGCCAAGGAGGAAGGGAAGCCUCAAGACAAGAGCGACUCUGCCACCAAGCCCCCCGAGUCCACCAACGGGGCCCUGGAGUCUGCAGCAGGACACUAUCGCUGCGAGGGCUGCCAGCAGGCGGUGCCCGGGGACUGCCCGGUGGUGUACGCGGAGCGCGCCGGCUACGAGCGCCUCUGGCACCCUGCCUGCUUCGUCUGCUGCCGCUGUGCCCAGCCCCUGGCCGACCUCAUCUACUUCUGGAAGGGAGGAGCAGCCUGGUGUGGCCGACACUACUGCGAGAGCCUGCGCCCGCGCUGCGCCGGCUGCGACGAGCUCAUCUUCUCAGAGGACUACCUGCAGGUGGAGGGCACGGCCUGGCACAAGAAGCACUUUGCCUGCCUGGAGUGUGAGACGCUGCUGAGCGGCCAACCCUUCGUGCUGGAGCAGGGCAGCCUCCUGUGCGCCAGCUGCAGCCGGGGCAGGCGCCCCUGAGCCCGCGGGGCUGGGCUCCGCCAGCGGCCGGAGGAGGCUGCAGCCGCGCAGAAGCUCUCUGCUGGCUUGCGAGCAGCAGGAGGCUGUGUCCCUGGGCAGGACACCAGGGCAGUGCCAGCUGCUGAGGGUGCUCGGUGCAGGCUCUCUCCAAGCUGCUGCUGACUCAGCCCCUGCCGCAGUCCCUGGGAAACUGCACAUCUCAGAAGUGACUUCUGGCCUCCUACCCUGCAGUGUGCUCCCAGCAAGGCUUGCUGCUGUCUGCCCUGGGAGAGCCACACUGCAGGUCUACCUGAGCGGGCUGCUGCCAGCCCCCCGCAGCCACGGCUCUGAGGAGCCACAGGGGUAAAGCCACAGCCAAGUGCAGCUGCAGCUUGCUUCUCCUUGGGAAGGUGAGGCCCGGCUGGGAGGCAGGGUGGGUGGCCUGACCCUGGGGAGGUGGGAAGGGAGCAGCUGAACCCGUGUGAGAGCUUCAGGGGGUCCUGGUGCCCAGCCAUGCCCCAGGGAGGUCCCCCCCGGAGCAGCUUUGUGUUCCCACCCUGCUGGGGGCCAGGAAGGAUUUUGGGUCUGGGGCAUGUUUUGGGCUGGGCUUGGCCAGAAGGUCAUGGCAGCGUUCUCCAGCUCUGCUGAGGUGGCAUCUGUGCUGGCAGGCUGCCUCGCCACUACAGCAGCAACCCCCUCCAGGUGCUGGGCAGCUGGCACCCUCCAUCCCCUUGCAGGUGGCUUGACCCUGCCCUGCUCUUUGUCCUGCAGCUCUCCCAUCCCUCAGGGAAGGGGUGAGACAAUGGCACAGGUUGCCCGGGGAGGUGAUGGAUGCCCCCUCCCUGGAGGUGUUGGAGGCCUUGAGCAGCCUGGGCUGGUGGGAGGGGUCCCUGCCCCUGGCAAGGGCUUGGAACUGGAGGACCCCGAAGGAGCAAACCCAGAGGUGUGUCACAGGGAUGGGCUGAGGGCAAAGAGAGGUCUGUGGCUUGGCAAGGACCUUCUGCCCUGCUGUGUCCACUCCAGUCUGCCACACAGAGCUCCUGGCUGAGGACAGCUCUCCCCUGGCUGGAUGUGUCUGUGGCCUGCAGCUGCUGCAGGCUCCUUGGGCGCCAGGGGAGAGUCAGGGCGCAGCACUCCUGCUCCCCCAGGGGCUCCUUCCCUGCCCGCAGCACAGGGCUCUGAGGGGACAGUGUCACCAGCCCCCGGCCCAGCCACCUCCUGCAGCGCUCUGCGGUGUCCCUGCCCCUCCGCGGCGGUGUCCCAGCCCCUGGCACCGCUGAGCUGGGCUCAGCUCUGCACUGCUCUGUUGCACGCAGCAGCCUCUGCUGGGCAGAGGGGGAGGUGACCUCUUCUCCUCUGCCUCCUCCUCCUCCUCUUCCCCGUGCCUGACACCGCAUGAGAACGUUCCUGAGGCUUCCAAUAAACCAUUUCUGGGCA